GCAGAUGAGGUGCAGGACUGGAAUUUAAUUCUGAACCGAAAAGGGGAAUCCUGAAUUUUAUCCUGCAAUCUUUUUUUUUGUGUGUGUGUAUAUGUGAAUUACACCAGGAGGUUUAUCCUACAUCUACAGAAGAAGACGGGUUGCAUCUAUUUGGAGUGUUGCUUUUGUAUUAUUAUUAUUACCAUCACAUCACUAUCCUGGAUUGACACAUAUACGUUUUUAUAACGUAAAUAUGCUUAACAAUAUGGAUUUAAGCUCUCGGGACUCCUACUCCCAGUACGACGAUUGUUGUAAUUCUUCACCUGGGGUUGAGACGCUGCGACCAGAGAUGAAUCAAAAACAAUUCAGCGAAGUACAAAGGGAAUCACCUGCACAGUUUAAUCAAGCUCAUCCCAAAAUUGAAACUUCCAACUCCGAUUUCUUCUUUGACCCCAGUACAAGCUCCUGUUGCGGGUCUCCUUCAUCCCUCAAUUACUCUGGGAGUUUUUAUGUAGAGACCUCCGCGGGAGCCACGUUGUGCGCCGAGACAUUACUCAACAUGAUUACAGAAAUCGUUGGUAUUUCUACUUUACCAAUCUCUGAAUUGCAGCAGAAUCAACCCGAGACGGUUUAUUCUUCUGCCACACAAAUUGACCCAAGUCACGGGUUUUCUGAUCCUACUUUACCGUGCCAGGCUUCUAUGUGUUCUACAACGCCACCGCUGUACUCUCAGAACCAGCUCUACUCCGGUUACCCUGACCCUCGGGUCAACCUGCAAGUGCAUGAUACUGCUAACCUUGCAGCACAAGUUCUGGAUUCACACCAGAAUCCACGACGCCCUCAAUCAGAUGGCACAACCUUCCCGGUCGUUGUGAAAAGCGAGUGCGAGACGAGUGCUUACGAAUGGGACCCCUUUACUAAACCAGAAGUUUAUUUGCCCACAAACUAUGAAUCCGAAUUGUUCGAUAUCACGGGUAAUUGUUCACCUGUGAACCCGCAAGUGGAAUCAAAAGAUUUCCUUGAGUCUUUUCCCCUCGCUUGCCGUACCUCAGAACUCGCGGGCAAGCUGGAUGGCACACUCAGGCAGAAUUUGAGUUUUCUUGAUAACCAGCAAACAUUCCAAAGCCAAAUCUCUAAUACCUAUAACUUGGGCGGCUUGGGAAACAAUAACAACUUGCUGAAACCGAACACAUACCCAGGGAUCCAAACUUUGACAAGUCAGAGUGACUUAGCAUACACUUCUUCUUCCGCACUACCCAGCGCAUUAGAUUCGCUUCUUAAUCCGUCUAUAGUACAGGAUAAUUACGCAAAAAGCGGAUUAAGAGUUGGAAAGCCGAUUCGUGCUAGGAAAAGCCAAACUAACGCAAGUGGGCCUGUCAAGGAGAAGCCGUACUCGUGCCCUAUGGUAAACUGCGAAAGGCGCUUCUCCAGGUCAGACGAGCUUAACCGACACCUACGCAUUCACACUGGCCACAAGCCCUUCCAAUGUCGCAUCUGCUUGAGGAGCUUCAGCCGUAGUGACCAUCUAACUACCCACACCAGAACUCACACCGGAGAGAAACCGUUUUCAUGCGACGUCUGCGGCAGAAGGUUUGCCAGAAGCGACGAGAGGAAAAGACACGGCAGGGUACAUAUGAAACAGAAGGAGAAGGCGGAACACAAACCCCAGCGCCUAACUGCCUGUUCCUUUUCUGUACCUCAAUGAAUUUGAAAGGGCGUUGCAUACUAUAAAUGCACGAGCACGAUAUCAAAAAAAAUAUAUAUUUCUGAGGUUGAAGGGUUUGAACAGCUAAGGUCUGUUUACAAAAUGAUUAAAAAGGUCGACCUACUUGAGUUGUGAGGUGAAAUAGAUGGUGACGAGAUUGUCAACGUCAAAAUGGUUGCAAGGAAAGUAUGAUGAAUUUGCUUGGGAUUGAGGCAACGAAAGUUUGAAGUUGGAUAAAACCGCAUUGAAACUUGCCACCAAUUAGUUGCUGUCCUAACGUUACUGUUUUAUGCGAAUGUGCAUAGAAGUAUUUUACUGUGCAUCAGCUUUUCCACCUACAUCAUAAGAAUCAUGUCAUUUAAUGAGAACUCAACACUCAUAUUGGCUACAACAGCCGUUAUGCUGCUCCACUCAGUGUCCUUAUAAACUUGUAUCUACAACUACAAGAGAUUACAAACAUUGUACUUUU